GAACCGACCCGGAUUAAAAUAUUACGCUACCAAAAGACAAUAAUAGCCUCAGCAUGAUCCAAUCUCUCUCCAGAAUCCCCAAAUCGAGUUCUCUCCUCCGUCUGCACUUCUCCGAUCGCCCUAAGCUAUUCUCGGACUCUAAGCUUAAGGUUCAAGAAGGUCUUUUUUUUUUUUUUUUUUUUUAAUAUAAGCUGAGCCGCGGAGGGGUUGACCUUAAAUGUCUCGGACUAGAGAUCGCGAGUAGUGUAUUAUUUUAUGGAAGAUCAGAAUUUUUUUGUUGGUCAAGAAUUUCGUGAUGUCAAAGCCUUCCGUAGUGCAAUCAAAGAGGCUGCUAUUGCACAACACUUUGAGCUUCGUAUCAUAAAAAGUGACCUUGUCCGUUACAUUGCAAAAUGCGCAUCAGAAGGAUGUCCAUGGCGCAUACGUGCAGUUAAGCUUCCAAAUGCCCCUACGUUUGCAAUACGAAGCCUUGAAGGAGCGCAUAGCUGCGGAAAAAAUGCACAAAACGGGCAUCAUCAGGCUUCCGUGGAUUGGAUUGUGAAUUUUAUAGAGGAACGACUUCGCCAGGAUAUAAAUUACAAGCCAAAAGAUAUUUUGCAUGAUAUCUAUGAACGAUAUGGGAUAACGAUACCAUAUAAGCAAGCAUGGCGAGCAAAGGAGCGUGGGCUGCAAGCUAUAUAUGGUUCAUCUGAAGAAGGAUACUGUCUUCUACCAGCAUACUGUGAGCAACUAAGAAAGGCCAACCCGGGAAGUGUUGCAGAUGUAUUUACUGCUGGUGCCGAUAAUCGCUUUCAACAGCUGUUUAUCUCAUUUAGUGCUUCUCUGUGUGGAUUCCUUAAUGGUUGUUUACCAAUCAUUGGACUUGGUGGAUUCCUGCUUAAGAGUAAAUACCUUGGCACCCUACUGUCAGCCACCUCUUUCGAUGCUGAAGGUGGUUUGUUUCCACUUGCCUUUGGUGUUGUUGAUGUGGAGAACGAUGAAAGCUGGAUGUGGUUCUUAUCUCGGUUGCAGAAGGCAUUAGAGAUGAAUAGUAGCCAGAUACCUGAGUUUGUCUUUAUAUCUGAUAGGCAGAAAGCCAUCACAGAUGCUGUGGAAAGAAAGUUCCCCAAAUCUUCUCAUGCAAUUUGUAUGCGGUACUUGAGUGAAAGCAUUGCUAAAGAGUUCAAGAAUUCCAGGCUUGUAAAUCUCCUGUGGAAAGCUGCAUAUGCCACCACCACUAGUGGUUUUAAAGAAAAAAUGGGAGAAAUCGAGGAAGUUUCUUCAGAUGCAGCAAAGUGGCUUCAGCAGUAUCCUCCUUCGUGUUGGGCAUUGAUGCAUUUUGAAUCAACACGAUAUGGUCAUUUCUCUUCCAACACUGAAGAGUUCAAUCAAUGGAUUCACGAGGCCCAGGAGCUUCCCAUAAUUCAGGUGAUCGAACGGAUUCACAGUAAAAUAAUGGACGAGUUUGAGGCACGUCGUGCAAAGAGUAAUGCAUGGUUUUCCUUUCUUGCCCCAUCCACCGAGAGGCGGGUUUUGGAGGCCAUGGACUCCGCUUCCAAAUAUCAAGUACUAAGAUCAGAUGAAGUAGAAUUUGAAGUCAUAUCAGGCGAACGAUCAGACAUUGUGAAUAUUGGCACCCAUUCUUGUUCUUGUCGCGACUGGCAGCUGUAUGGGAUACCCUGUUCUCACGCCAUCGCUGCCAUCAUCUCAUGCGGAAAAGAUGUAUACGCCUUCACGCAGAAAUACUUCACCACUGAAAGUUAUCGCGCAACUUAUGCAGGAGAGGUGCGCCCCAUCCCUGAUAAGAUUGCUUGGAAGAAAGAAGGCGAGCUCACGAUAAACGAUGAUGCCCGCAUUGUCCGGCCUCCAAAAUUUCGUCGGCCGCCUGGCCGGCCUGAAAAAAAGCGACUGUGUGUUGAGGAUCUGAAUCGAGAAAAGCACACUGUCCAUUGUAGCCGGUGCAAUCAAACGGGGCAUUACAAGACAACCUGCAAAGCUGAGGCUGUGAAGAGUAUUGAACAGUUUUAGAUGUUUUAGUUCUGCAAAACUGCAACAUAUAUAAUACU